AUGGCUACAAGAUCGAAUACGGUGGCCAUCGUGGGCGCUGGUACGAUAGGACUCUCAUUUGCGGCCCUUCAUCUCACCAAAGACCCAUCCUGUAAAGUUGCCAUUUUCGACAACAGGUCCGACCUCCAGGCCUAUGUCUCCGAACACUUGCCCCGAUAUCUGGUCGAUGCUGAUCGCGACACAUGCUUCGCACGUCUGACACUCGCUGAGAGUCUCGAAGAAGCAGUACGAGAUGCAGAUAUUGUUCAAGAGCAAGGACCGGAGAAUGCGAGCUUUAAGAUCCAGAUUUGGCCCGAGAUUGAGCAGUACGCCCCUCAAAAGGCACUAUUCUGGUCAAGUACCUCUGGCAUCCCAGCCAGUGAGCAGGUCAGGGACAUGCAGGACAAGAGUCGGCUCCUCGUCUGUCAUCCAUACAAUCCUCCUCAUAUCAUGCCGUUGCUUGAGGUGGUGAGAUCGCCAGAUACUUCUGACGAUGUCGUUGAGAGGACAUUGUCGUACUGGCGAAACUUGGGUCGGGCACCCGUAGUGAUCCGCAAAGAAUGCGUCGGCUUCGUUGCAAACCGGCUCGCGUUUGCACUAUUUCGAGAGGCAUGCUCGCUCGUUGCUCAGGGGGUGGUAGGUGUAGAGGAUCUGGACGAGAUUGUCCGGACCUCAAUGGGACCGAGAUGGACAGUCGCAGGUCCUUUCAAAUCCUACCAUGCUGGUGGUGGUGAAGGUGGGUUGACCAGCUUCAUGGCAAAGAUUGGAGAUACCGUGCAGGGCUGCUGGAAUGCCAGCGAUGAAGAUAUGAAGAGGGGUAACAUUGUGGUUGGCGGACCCUGGCAGGACGAUGUUUGCAAGCAGACUCAAGAAGCGUAUGGCAUGGUGAACACCAGCGAGCGGGACUUGAAAACAAGAAAUAUUCUAUCAGCUGUUAAAGAUAGUUGUAGGGCGUAA